CAGCCACGUUGGAACGGAUGACAGAAAGGAGAAAAAUCGGAAAACCAGUCAAUCCGAAAUUUUUGCCUGUUGUGUUUAGUGCUGAAAAAAGUUUAAAUUUGCGUGAUUUUCGUGAUAUUUACUCAACUUUUCCCAUUGAAGAAUCCAAAAUGAAGGUAAAGGAACUUCAAAAAACGGUGAACGUAGCAUGGUCGCCGGUUCAGCAAACCCCCAUCAUGUUGGCUGCCGGUACGGCGGCACAACAGUUGGACUCUUCCUUCAGUACUUCGGCUGCAUUGGAAUUGUACUCGAUCAACCUCUCGGACCCAAGCUACGAUAUGGAACUGGUUGGAAGCCAAGCCAGUUCUCAUCGAUUCCACAAGGUGCUAUGGAGUCCUUUCGAUUACGGUACCAAUCAUCCCAAUGGUUUGAUUGUCGGCGGCUGCGAAAGUGGCAUCAUUCAGGUGUACAGCGCAGCCAGUUUGCUAUCGGGGGAAAACGGGCUUGUUGCCCAACAGGAUAAACAUAGUGGCGCUGUUCGCAGCUUAGAUUACAAUCCAUUCCAGCACAACUUGCUGGCGUCCGGUGCGUCUGAAUCGGAAAUAUUCAUUUGGGAUCUCAACAAUACCACGGUCCCGAUGAGCCCAGGUCAGAAGAUGCAACCAUCCGAAGAUAUUCAAGAUCUGGCUUGGAAUCGUCAGGUUCAGCAUAUACUGGCUUCGGUGUUUUCAUCGCGAUGCGUUAUUUGGGAUUUGCGUAAAAAUGAGCCCAUCAUCAAACUGAACGACACGCAGACAAGAGUUCGCUGGCGAGCUGUUCAGUGGCACCCGGAGGUUGCGACCCAGCUUUGGAUGGCAAGCGAAGAGGACCAGGCACCGUCGAUUCAGCUGUGGGAUCUGCGCUAUGCCACCGCUCCGGCUAAGAGCUUCCAAAUUCAUCAACGCGGGGUGCUUGGUCUCACCUGGUGCCCGAAGGACUUUGAUUUGGUGGCAUCCUGUGGCAAAGAUAACAAAAUCUACUGCUGGAAUCAAAACUCCGAGGACACGAAUGGUGAAAUUCUUUCCGAGCUAGCCACGACUAAUCAGUGGAAUUUUGAUGUUUCGUGGUGCCCUCGUAAUCCGGCGUUAAUAGCCGGAUCCAGUUUCGACGGCAACGUCACGGUUUAUUCGAUCUUUGGCGGCGUCCACCAGCAGGUUCAAACCAGUAACAAAAUCGCCGAUUCGUUCCCAGGGAUGGAACACAUUGGUCACGAGCCAACUCCUCAGUUGGCCACACAAACUCAACCAUCGUGUAAUGAUUUGAAACGCGCGCCCAAAUGGCUGAAGCGACCCGCUGGUGCUUGCUUUGGUUUUGGUGGCAAAUUGGUUACCUUUAAUGGAAACAACCGAUCGGUGACGGUAAAUCAGGUGAUUACCGAUCCGGAACUGGUUGAACGAUCAAAUCGACUCGAAAACGUGUUGGCUGAGGGAACGUUUGUCGAUUACUGUCGGCAGAAGGCAGAUCAAACGAACGAUCAGCAUUCCCGUUUUCUGUGGUACUUCCUGAAGGCAAACUUUGAAGAUGACCCACAUGCUGAAAUGCUUAAUUUGUUGGGUUACCAUUCUGAGGACAUGGUGAACAAAUUCAAGAAAUAUUCGGACAGCGGAAAGGAAGCGGUUCCGUCAGCAGAGCAAGCAAACUCUGUAGAUGGCCUAACUGAUCAAAUGGCAGGACUUAGUCGAACAAUGGAUAACAAUGCUGUUUUUGAUGCUAUUGCUGCCGGAAACAAACUGUUGAACGAGCACCAACAUUCAUCGGGCGCAGGGCCAAAAAGCGACGAAAGUGACAAGAAGUCAUACGCUCCGUAUCGGAUUCACACUGGUCAGGACAGCGAAGGUUUGAUUUGCGAGGCUCUAUUGACCGGAAAUUUGGAGGCUGCCGUUGAACUGUGUAUGAACGCCGGAAAAACCACAGAGGCGCUGAUCUUGGCAAUGACCGGUGGCUCAGAACUCUUGGCACGAGUUCAGUUACGCUAUUUGAAGAAUAGCGAAAGUUAUCUUGCUAAUAUCAUCUCGGCGCUGGUUACGGAAGACUGGAGCGGUGUCGUUACGCAAUGCACUAUUGAUUCUUGGAAAGAGGCAUUGGUGGCUGCGCUGACUCAUUGCAGAAAUCAACUACCCUUGCUCUGCGAGAGGCUCGGUGAACGUUUACAGAUUGAAGCGGGGAAUGACACCGAGCUUGCUCGGAAUGCGAUACUGUGUUAUAUUUGUGCGGGAAGUACUGAACGACUGGUAGAAGCUUGGAAUCUGCAAAAAUCGAACAAUCCGUUGACUGAUUUUGUCAACGGUGAUGCGGAUAAGAAUAACAACAGCAAUAGAGAUUUGCAGGAACUAGUGGAGGUAGCAAUGCUUCUGCAGAAAGCUUUAGAAAAGCAAGGCAGAUCAUCCAAUGUGUCUGGAAAACUGGCCGAUCUGCUCUCUCAGUAUGCUGGAUUGUUAGCUGCACAAGGUUCAUUAAAUUCUGCCUUGACAUAUGUCGGAAAUUCCGAUGAUCCGGGCAUGGAAGAUUUGAGGGAUCGCUUGUAUUACGCUCUCGGACACAAAAGCAAUGUACCGGUUCAACAAAAUAAUUAUUAUUCCUCGGGACAGCGAGGCUCUGUGAACAAUCAACAUCCGCCAGCUUUUAAUCCCAUGUUUCCAACAAUUGGUCAAGCUGCUAAAAUAAAAAAUUGGCAGUCAUCCAACGCUACUCCGCUUCCAGCCCCAGCACCAGUUUCGCAGCCGAUGGGUCAACCUUCGUGGAACACAAGCCCGUUCCAAGCAGGACUACCACCGCAACAACAGCCUAUGGUCUCUGCAUUUGCUCCUCCAACUGUAGCUCCCCCAGUAGCUACCAAACCACCACUGGGCCCUCCCAUCGCUUCAGAUCCACCACGUCCAUCAUCCGUUAAUUCUCAAUCGGGUUCUAACCCAUUAACUCGAUCCAAAUAUGUACUCGAUCCGUCUGUUACUUCUGGUCCAUCAUACGGCCAAACACCUGCCAACAUGUAUAACCCGAAUGCCUACCAAGCAUCCCCGGCGUCCCAGUUCAAUCAGUUCAACACACAACCGAUUAAUCAACAACCUCCGGCUUCCCUCUACAAUCCACCGCAGCCAGCGCAGCACACGAACAAUUUCAAACCUUUCACCCCGGCCCCACUGGCACAACCGGGGGUUUCUCCGUACAUUCCCGGGGUUCAGCCAUUGGACGUAUCGGCGCCACCCACGGCAGCGGUUCCUCCUCCGCCCAUGGGCAACAUUCAGAAAAAUCCCACACCUCCGCCCGGCUGGAACGACCCGCCCGCCUUGAAGAGUAAUUCCCGCUCACAGUUUAGUGAGCAAUGUGAAAUGUCGGCGGUCCAUGCCGGUACUCGUCGUUGGCGAAAAAUCAUUGAUUCACACGAUCAGUCAAAUCGAUCCUCGCCGCAGGCUAAACCUGAGGCUACUCAAGUGGCACCUAUCACGGCCCCGUUACCGGGUGGUUUUCCGACCAAUCCACAAAAUGGCUAUCCGGAUCCAAACAGCAAUUAUAUGACGGGUCAGUACUUACCUGCUGCUACCACUCCAGGAAUGCCACCUCAACAACCAACCAUUUUCAAUCCUGCAAUGGCUGGAGCUCAACCACACCAGCACACAACGACCGGAACCCUUAAUUAUCAAAACUUCCAACAAAACUUGCCAUAUCAGCAACAACAGCUGCAGCAGCAGCAACUACAACAACCCGGAGCCAAUUUCAAUGCCAACUUCCGACAGCAACCUACUCCCCAACCACCGGCCCCAGCAGUACCAGAGCCACCAAAACAGAAACCUCCCCUCCCAGAAGAGUAUAUCUACCUACAGACAGUAUUCGAAGAAUUGAAAAAAAGUUGCAUUGAAGCAGCUGGCAACCCGCAAACUAAGCGAAAGCUUGAGGAUGUCUCGAAGAGAUUAGAAUCUUUAUACGAUAUGCUCCGCGAACACAGGUUAUCCCAAAAUACGUUAACUUCCCUCAGUCAGUUGGUGCAGUUGGUCCAAUCUGGCGAUUAUGCCAACGGCAUUGGUCUGCACACGCAGUUGGUGUCCGGGCCCGAUUUUGCUCAGAUUGCCAACUUCAUGCCGGGUAUCAAGGUUCUGCUGCAGUCAGCGAUGCAGUUGCAGGUUUAUCUCCGGUAAGCACAGACGACUUGCGACAGGAUUUAAUGCUAUAAGUCUUUGGUACUGCGUGUAGUUCUAUGAAUACGGACAGAGUUUAAUUAGGUAUCGAAUCGAAAUACAGAAUGUAAUGAUGGUAAUCGAACUAUUGACGUUUAUGAAUAAGAUAAAGAGGGAAAAAGAUAGGCAUUUUACGUAGCAAGUGUUUCUUGCGAUUGCUUAACCGUUACGUUAUUAAUCAAUUUAUUUUAGAUUAUUGUUUUGUAUGAUCGUUGAUGAAUGUGUGACGAAUAGAAUCGCCAAUAAUGUAUUCCUGAUAUUUCGUAUAAUUAAAUAUAUUCAUCCAUAUGCCUUAUUUUUAGUUAAAGAGUAUUUAAAGAAUAUUUCUGAAUGUAUCGAAAAAUAAAUCAGACAAUGAAGCAUUGACAUACUAAAAUUGU